UAAAUACCUGGGCUUUAGCAGCAGAUGAGUGUGGUUUUCUCUCUCAUUCAGGGAAAGCAUGAAGUGGUUCAUUCUGGUGGCCCUGUUCGGGCUCAGCUUCGCCCAGCACAACCCCAACACCAAGCACGGCAGGACGGCCAUCGUGCACCUGUUUGAGUGGCGCUGGGCCGACAUCGCUGCAGAGUGUGAGCGCUUCUUGGGUCCCAAUGGCUAUGGUGGUGUUCAGGUAUGUACGGCUGCAAACAGGUGGGUAGAUUCAGAGUCUAGAGAUGAACGAUUAUCCAUGAGUUUUUCUUUCGUAAGAUUUGUUUUCCAAAAUUAAGGCAGGUGACAAAAAGCAGUAAAAAAUAACUCACUUUUGGAUCCCAGUCCACCUGCUUAGAGCCAAUGCUCAAGGUGAUUCUCCAAGGUCAAGUUGGGAUCCAACGGUGCGGUUUUAGACACUGAGAGAGGGGGAUUUGAUUCCCCUUUUAAAGACAAAUGAGCAACUUUAUCAUUUUAAUGCAUUAUUAUUAUGAUACAAACUAAAAAUAAUUAUCUGUCAUUAGUUUUCUGCUUGUCUUCGAAGCCACACGACUUCUGAGGUGAUCAUGACGGAUUAACAACAGUGUUAGUCACAGCUGAUUCGUUUCCAGCAGCACAGCACAUGCAGUGACUUGGCUGAUUUUCUGCAGAGCAACUAAAUCAUGGAUCUCAGGCUAUUAGCCAGGAUGUGACUCAGAAGCACACAGAAAUCAUCCGUGUUUCUUUUUAAAAACUGCAUUAACUGUUAGGACUACAGUCUAUACAUUCAGACCACUAAAUUACCUUAAAAGAUAGUAUGUCUGUUUGGUUAUUUGAUGUUAGUGCUUGUGCGCAGCUGUGAGCAAUGUUAAACCACCUCCAGGGACAGCAGGGAAAUUUUAGUGACCCUUGCCCUAAACUGUAGAGCACCUUAAGAAGCUCAAAAAAGGAUCACGGAUAUAACAUUUUGAAUGAUAAACAGAGAUAUUCACUUUUAUUUGAAUUAAAAAUGUGUUUUCUUUUUGCUUUGAGUGGAUUUAAUUAGAUAUUUCUGUUUCUUAGUAAAAUAAGUUCACUUCAGAACCAUUACUGAGACAAAAAUACAGCAUUUUUAUAGGUGGGGAGGUGAUAAAAUUGCAAAGUAGGUUAAAAAAUGUCACCUUGUAAAAUAUAAAACUACAAUAUCUCGGCUAUUUAAAACCCCUGUCAGGACUUUUGACGAAAAAACCUCACUCUGCUGCCUUUAACACCUAAAUGUACAAUUUAUUGUUAGUAAUUUAUGUAAAUAUAGUAAAAACAGGGCUGUGGGCUCACACCUACCCCCUCAUGUCAGUUUGAGGCAUGAAAUUUUACAGUAUAAAAAAAAUGCCAGUCUUAUUGCUAAUGAUCAAGCUUGCUUUUCUAUAUCAUUAAAAAGCACCAAUCUAUUCUUUUUUACCCCUUUUGUAUUUGUAUUUUUUAUUUAUUUAUUUAUUUUCUCAUUAUUACUUUCAUUACUGCCAUAUGUUUAAUGUGGUUGCUGUUGUUUGAACACAAAAAAACAAUAAAGAUAUGUUUAAAAAAAAAAAAAAAAAAGCACCAAUCUGAUUUUCAGUCUGUUAACGAGGAAAAAGUCAUCACAGGAGCUUUAAAGGGUUCAAAUGUUUCUGUUAUUAAACAUCUUUUCAUAUUCAUGCAUUUGGCUCUUCCCUUAAGCAUGUUGGCGGACUAACAAGUUUUAAUGAUGAUUGAAGUUCUAAAUUCAACUUAAAAUACAGUCAACACACGUUUUUUUUAACAUCCAUCCUCCGCCUGCAGACUGUUUCUCUCAUAAACGAAUACUUACUGUAAUGUCCUCUUUGGUUUUGACCAGAUCUCUCCUCCCAAUGAGCACAUUAUCAUCAACAACCCCUGGAGGCCCUGGUGGCAGAGAUACCAGCCAAUCGGCUACAACCUUUGCUCCAGAUCUGGCAAUGAGAACGAGCUGAGAGACAUGAUCACCAGAUGCAACAACGUCGGGGUAAAUUACAUCCCAACAGUCAUGUAGUGAGAUUCAUUUGGAACAAUAUUCCUCCAAGUGUGACAGCAGCUCGUAAAUCUACAGCUUUGUACAAGACAACAAAUUGUUGCCAGAGAGAUCACAGAAGACUUCAUGCAUUAUUUCGAAUAGUUUUCUAAUAACGAGCAGCUGGCAUUUCAAAAUGAGAGGCAUUUCUGAACAAAAGACAACAAUGUUAUUAGGUUACGUCUUUGUCUUGAGGACAUAUCAAUCAUACUUGGACUUGCAGACAUGCAGCAGCUGCUUUGGUUCAUGGAUUAGAGGCAUGACAGUAAACAGAAUGACCACCGCAGCUUUGACCGGAGGAUGAACCGAAUGUGCUUUUUUAAAAAAAAGUGUUAAAGUGGAGGCAGAAGAGAGGUGUUGAUUAGCUGUGUUUGCACCUUCAGCCCUGUGUCUACCCCCGCAGGUCAACAUCUAUGUGGACGCUGUCGUCAACCACAUGUGCGGUGCCGGAGGUGGAGAGGGAACCCACUCCUCCUGUGGAAGCUGGUUCAACGCUAACAACAAGGACUUCCCCACCAUCCCCUUCACCCACUGGGACUUCAAUGACCACAAAUGCAGAACCGGCAGCGGCAAUAUUGAGAAUUAUGGAGAUUCCAACCAGGUUAUUUGAAAUUGAAACUAGGAUUUAGUCAAGUGCUGGGCUUUAAGGACAAAAACUGUGAUAACCUGUGUGUUUGCCACUCCAGGUUCGCGAUUGUCGUUUGGUGGGUCUGCUGGACCUCGCACUGGAGAAAGAAUAUGUCAGGGGCAAGGUUGCUGACUUCAUGAACAAGCUGAUUGACAUGGGUGUGGCUGGAUUCAGAGUGGACGCCUGCAAGCACAUGUGGCCCGGUGACCUGGCUGCUGUCUACGGCCGUCUGCACAACCUCAACACCCGCUGGUUCCCUGGUGGCUCCAGACCCUUCAUUUUCCAGGAGGUGAGAGUCGUGACGUCCAAUGUGAAAUAUCUCAUGGUGAUACCAAAAUCAGAGGAAAACAUAUCACUCAAACUCCUGUUAAAUAAUUUUGCAGGGGUAAAACAUAUACUGUGAAAAAUGAGGGUUUGAUUCUCCAUUUUCUGGCCUCAACUGGACGUAAUUUUCAACAAAAAUGCAUCAAGAAAACACAAAAUGAUUCCAGUAACUAGUUUGCAUUCAAAUCUACAUCUGAGCCUCCUUGCGGAAAUAUAAAUGCAAGCAGCCGAUUGGUGCAAAACCCUACGCCUACUUGACAAAUAUUUAUCGCAGAUAGCACAUGACAGCAGUCAACAGCGCCAUGGGAAAACGGGCGCAGGAAUCCAGAUGAGAAACACAAACAUGUGCACACUGGGAGCAGAUGUCAAAAAGAUAUCGCCAGUACGGUUAUAAAUACUGUAGAAGUAACACUGACACUAUGAUAUAAAGUAAAAAGAUAAAGCCAAGAGUUGUAAUUCAAAAUCGACAGAGGUUUUCAGCAGCAAAAACAGUCUGUAACCUCAAAAAUAAAUGUGCUCUGUCUUCACAAACAACAUGACAGCAGAAAUAUGGCUCUUGUUAGCGCUGCACAAAAAAACUAAAUCUGUUAAAUUACUUCUGUCUCUUCACAAAUCAUUACCAUGGUGCAGUAAUCUAAACCUUAAACUGCUUCGAAUUGUUCAGUUGAUGUGAGUUCAGAUGCGAGUUUGCUUUAUUUCCAGGUUAUUGAUCUGGGAGGUGAGCCCAUCACAUCCGGACAAUACACCCAUCUGGGAAGGGUGACCGAGUUCAAAUAUGGUGCCAAACUGGGAACUGUUUUCAGAAAGUGGAAUGGAGAGAAACUGUCUUACACCAAGUAUGUGUUUUUUUCUCUGCUAGGGGGCUUUCAUCUCAUAAAAAAUGGAUUGUAAAUUAUCAUUGACAAGAUUUUAAAUACUUGAGGUAAUACUUGGUCGUCUUAAUUCUUUCCUUGCGUGCAGGUCCUGGGGAGAGGGAUGGGGUUUCAUGGCUGACGGCAAUGCUCUCGUCUUCGUCGACAACCACGACAACCAGAGAGGCCACGGUGCUGGUGGCGCCUCCAUCGUUACCUUCUGGGACUCCAGGCUUUACAAGAUGGCCGUCGGCUACAUGUUGGCUCAUCCUUACGGAUUCCCCAGGGUGAUGUCUAGCUUCCGCUGGGACCGCCACUUUGUCAACGGAAAGGUAAAUUCUUGUUUGAAUUGAACACAUCUGGAAGUACUUUUUUCUUCGACUCACUCACACUUCUUUAUAUCAUAGGAUCAGAAUGACUGGAUGGGCCCUCCUAGCCACGGAGAUGGAUCCACCAAGUCUGUUCCCAUCAACGCUGACCAGACUUGUGGAGAUGGAUGGGUGUGUGAGCACAGAUGGCGUCAGAUCAAGUGAGUCACUCAGAAACCAACAGACGAUGACAUUACUCUCCUAAAAACAGAACAUGGUACACUUCUGCUUCUACUUCUGCUAUCACACACUAAAUUUUGAUUUUUAAAUGUUUCAGGAACAUGGUUGUCUUCCGUAAUGUCGUCAGCGGCCAGCCUCACGCCAACUGGUGGGACAACCAGAGCAACCAGGUCGCCUUUGGACGUGGCAACCGUGGUUUCAUUAUCUUCAACAAUGAUGACUGGUAGGAACCACAAAUUUUUCUUAUUUCAGCUCUAAAUGGAAAACUAAGACAACUUGAGAUAUAAAACUGACAAAAACUUGCAUGAGCAACUCACCAGUAACAACAAGUCUACAGAUUUUUUGGGGUUAUAACUACGAACAAAUCUGUGUCAGUGUGUCAGUGCAGAAAUAGUAUUUACCUUGUCUUCCCCCUCAGGGAUUUGGAUGUGACUCUGAACACCGGCAUGCCUGGUGGCACCUACUGUGACGUCAUUUCCGGUCAGAAGGAAGGAAGCAGGUGCACCGGCAAGCAGAUCAAUGUUGGCGGUGAUGGCCGUGCCCACUUCAGGAUCAGCAACAGAGAUGAGGACCCCUUCGUUGCUAUCCACGCUGAGUCCAAGUUGUAAACACAUCCUGUAAAACUUUAAAUAAACUCUAAUAUAACCAACUUUAAUGAUGAAGCUGUUUUUAUUCUAAUAUAAUGAUAUAUUGGUCUUUCAACAUUUUUUGAUAACUUUAAAUGAAGGCUGUCAUAAUAAUCACGGUCAGUCACUGUCUCUUUAAAGUGGUGAUAUGGUGCAUACAGCAUCUACAGAUCAUAGCAGUAGUUCUUUGCGCUGGUUGCCACACGUCUUUUACAGUAAAUGUAAUACAAUACAAGAACUUUAUCUAUCCCCAAAUGGAAAUCCAUUUGUCUAAAAUCUCAGAUAAACUGCAGAUAAACCAAGUGUUGAUCUGACCUACCCAGUGGUGCUAAAGCAGUAGCUCUGUAAGCUUCUUUGACAUUAACAUACAGCAGAUCCAGGGUUUUGUUUUCUCUGGUAGGACAGUUCACAACUGUCAGGUGAGAGGAGAGGGUGGCAUGGUUGUAGUCUCCUGAUAUUAUUAUAAGUGCCUCAGGAUGUUGAGUCUGUGUCCUAGCAACAGUGUCAUGGAGAACAUUACACAGAACUUCAGCCGUUGCCUUGGGUAGAUUGUAUACAAGUAUUGUCAAGAUGUACUUGAACUUCCUUGAAACAUAUCAUGGCUGAUAUAUGCUAGCCACAAUAUGCUAACCACCAGAUUUCAUCUUGCUAGCUAGCUAGGCGAAGAAGAAGAAGCAGACUGCUAGUGAGCUAGCUCUAUAAGCCCUUUGAGAAAUGAUUAACACUUCUAAACUGAUUAUUCAAGAUUGGUUGAUGUGUACUUAAUUAUAAUAUCAUUUAUGGAGUUAAUAAGUUUUGGUUAUUUACUCUAACAUCGAGGAUUCAGAGUAAACAGCACUUCCCGCUUAGGUAUAAAAGUCCCUUUUUGUAUUUGAUGCAUAUACAAAGAGGAAAAAGUUCAACUCAAAACCCUCACAUAAUGACUUAGUUAUUCUUUUUGAGUUGUGUUUGCUCUUUUUAAAGCAGCUGUCAUGUGUGAGAGAAAAUUCAUAAUAUGCAGAGUGAUUUCAAACAAAUAUACAGUACGUGAACCAUCCUUAUGCUGGAAAAAAACGUCCAUCUGUCAGUUCGGUGUGGUCCAAUCAGGCAGAGAAAGCUAGAGGGUGUAAAAUUCCAUUAUCUGUUCAACAAGAAGAGUUUCUUUAACUUUAGCGUUUCUAAAGCCCUUGCAGUGACCGCUGCUCAGCUGCCACAAGAGGUUACUCAGUAUGUAAAAGGCUAAUAGGCUGUCAGAAACUUUGAACACUGGAGGCCAGAAUUCAAUGACUUACUGCGUAAACUCUAAUAGCCCGACAGCCAGAAAUGUAAUUUAUUUCUAAACUGAUGAACCUCAGUUGGAGUCAGACUUGAAUUAAAUUGAAACAAAAGUGUUCUGUUUGACACGAUCUUGAAUCAUUUAUAAUAACAGUUAAUUACUGUUUACUCUGCCCUAUAGCUGCUGAUGCUAUACCUGUCAGCUUUAUUGUUCUUGCUUAUAACAAAUGCAACAAAGACUGUGGCUGAUUAUUAACUAUAGUUGACACAUGAUCCCUUUUAGUAAUUGAUAUGUUGGCUAGAACUACAGUAAAUCCCUGUAAAGCAGGUGUGCAAUCCUAGCAUCCACAAGGCUAACACUGGCUGAAGCAAACGAGACCAACAGAGACAAGAUUGACAGUUUGUAUAUUGUCUUUUUUACCUCUUGAAACUGGUGUUAGGGUUCGGUGACAGCUGAGCAGCUGAAGAAGCAUCUGUCUGUACAAUUUCCAUGUAAAUUGGGAAUCAUAUAAAAGAGGAGAGAGGAGGAGACAACAGAAAUACAGAGAUAAUAACCACAGGUGGAGAAAGAAAAGUUCUACGAUCUUAAUAGUUACUUAUCAACUGUUACCUGUAAUGCUUCAAUUCUGUGUGAGUAUAGCAGCAAUUCUGUGCAAGAUGCAGCCUUGAAUAAGAAUAAAAUGUUGUAAUCAGGUCUUUUUCAUGCAUAGGAUCUUAAAGUUUAAGUUUCCAGACAUCAGCAUGGUCAGCGACUGUCCUGAACAGGACCUGUGAUGUCUGCAAAUGUCCUUCCUGCAUUCUGUUUUCUCCUCCUCCACUGGGACGACUCUGUGCCAUCACACUGCAGCCACUUCAGUUUCACCUGAGUGCAGCGCUGGCAUCCGUCAUUAGGGCAGCGCUGGGACCCAGAGGGCCAACCAGCCAAAUCUCCAUCCUUACUUCCUUCCACCUUCCUUCCCUCUCCUCUCUUUCUCUCUCUUCCUGUCUCGUCACCCUUGCUUCCUUCCUCCCCGCAUGUGUCCACCUCCCUGGCCCACCUACCGAGCCCCCAUCAGCAGCUCUAGACCGGUGACACUGGAUUGCCGGCAUCUAGAGGUGAGAAAGGGAAGGUGAUGCCUGACAGAACAUUUCAGCUCAUCUUGGUUGUCAUAGCAACAUGGGCCACGAGCGAAGAACCUGGGAAAUUUCUUGAACCGCUCCCUGAAAGACAAGACAUGGCCAUGAUUGAAAAGGAGUCUUUAUUUACUGAGCAGGACGGGCACAAUUGAUGUUUUGUAAUCAGGUAAAAAAGCAGUGAUCAAUUCAAUCAAAUAUCUUCUGGAUUAAUUGUGUCUGAGGCGAAUAUUUAUUGCUGUAAAGUUAAAUAUCUUGAUGUAAAUAAACCUGUUCUGAAGUAUAUCUCCAUGGUUGCUUUUCUGCUUGGAUAACUGCUGUAACUCCAGCGUUUUCCAGUUUGGGAUCAAUAGAGAGCGUCCAUCCAUCUAUCCAUCCAUGCAUCUGGAAUAGUAUGGUCACACAGCUCACCUCUGAAGCCAUAGUAUGCAUGCAGCAUGAUGAUAUACAUUGACCAAACGUGCAAAAAUGUGAAAGUCAGAGUGAAAGAGAGUGCAGGAGGAGGACAGAAGGAGACCUUAACAUUGGCUUGGCCUCAACAUAUUGCAGCUGUUAAAUUAUUGACCCUCUCUCCAUCUCUUGGUCCGGCAGCUGUGGAGGGGCCUGUACCUUCCGAUUAGCCGCAGAGAUGUCAGGGUAGCAGACCGGGGUCUUUGGUCCUGUCAUCCUCACUGAUGCUUUGUGACAUGGCUGUCAGCGGUGUCCCCAUCCUGUUUCAUAUUUCAUACGGUGCACCAGACCUGCCUGUCACAUCAGCCGAGGAGAGAGACAGUCAUCAGCUUAAAGACGAAGCGGCUGAGUUUUUGGGGGAUCUGGUCUGCUGUCUCUUGCUGCUCUGGGGGAAGUGAAAAGACAGUGGAGGUGAAGCUCAUGCUGUGGAUUAUCUCUUGCAUCACUGACUGAAAUACAGUAAAUUGCAGAUGCUUUUAUUUUGAAGGGACCGUUCUCCCAAAUACGGACUAAAACUUUGCUUAAAGCUGCUUGUGAACUGAUUUUUUGUUGGAGUUAUCAUGAGCUCAAUGUUGUCUCCCAGCUAUAAUGCACCCGGGUAAUUUUCUGCUUUGUAUCACAUGGGGGCAGUAUUGAUGCAAGAACUAUGAGCAUAAGCUUCCUCUCAAACGGCCAUGAAACAUUUUGCUCUUUGUGAAAUUUAUUGCAAAACUGCUUGAAAUUCAGCACAUGAUUUUGGAGACGCUAAAAGAAUUCGUGAUUGAUGUUUAAUUCCAAGAAUCAAGCAUGAAUUAUAUAUAUCGUCAAUGGAGGAAUAAAAGAGGUGAAUGAUGAAUGACUGUUUUGCUCAUACAAACUUAAUUCAUGCAAAAGUGCCUCAUGUUUGCCUGUCAGUGCUUCAACCAGCCGAUACACAUGCUGCCUUCACUGUCCAUUGAUAUAAGCGCUGGUGUGUUUAUUUGCAUAAUAUUAACAUUGAAUUUUUUUCUUUCCAAUCAGUCAGAGAAUGAACUCAGAGCAGGGAGGUAUUGAUCCGGAGCUCUUGACAGAAUCUUUAUGAAUUUUCUGGUCACUGGCAGGUCCUCUCAAGCUCCCAGUGUCCUCACCCUAUAGCUGUCACAUAACAUCGCCGUGUAGGGACACUGUCGCCAUGGCAACAACUGAUGGCAAAGCUGCGAAUGGGCCAUCUUUGAAAACUUUAAAAAGGUGAUGCAGGUGAAUUGAGAGUGACUAUUUCACAUUUAGACCAUGGCUGAUCUGCCUCUUCUGAAAAGUUCUAGAUAUUUGGAAAAAAGAGCGAUAAUUACAUGCAAAAUAAAAUCCCCAUUUUUUAAAACUUUUCCUCUUUUUUUGGCUUUUGUGUCUUUACAGCUCAUGAUUUCUUCCCCUGCUUUUCGACAUUGUUUGUAUUGUAUUUUUUAACAAUGUUGUGAUGGUGUUUUUCAUGCUGUGCUUUUGGCAAGGUCUCCCUAAAAAAAGUGUUUAAUCUAAAUGAAAACUUUGCUGAGUUGUAGUUGGGAUGUAAAAAUAAGAAAUAACGAGCCAAAGGAAUCCUGGCAUUGUUCGGUAAUCAUCUGCACAUCCAUCUGCAAACUGUACGCUUAAUAUUAAGAGUCUCUGCAGAUACUGUUGUAUAGUAGUAACAACACAAAGUGAAACUUCAUAGCAGUUUCACUACAGCUGGAUGUUAUUGUUCUUAAAGGUACAGCGAACAUUAUUUAAGGGCAUUGAGCAGAGCUUGUAGAAACGGAGGAGUUAUAAAUUUGAAAACAGUAAAAACGUAAAUGUAAAAAUGUUAUUUCCAAAAAAUUUUCAAAAACAUAGACAAAGAAGAAAAAGAGUGGUUGUGAUUGCGCACAAAAGACUUCGUACUUGAUUGUAAAAACUUGACAAACAGGAUCAAACGUCACAUAACUGCUCAUAAAUUUGGACCCCAUGACAGACCAGCUGGAUCCCAACACCACAGCCCAGGUCAAUCUCGCACAGUCAUGAUGGUUUUAAAAGUAUUACAACACCAGUGAAAUCAUAGAAAUCUGCUGAAUCUGUUAUUAUCAAACAGGCUCGGCUAGUUCACAGGGAAAAAAAGCUAAAUAUUACUACUGAAGUGGACAGAAUUUACUAUGAGGUGUCUGACAUGAGCUUACAUCCUUCUGGGAGUGACGUGCUGCUUCAGCAUCAUUAGUCUGGAUUGAUUGACAGCAGUCAGAUCAAUUCUGUCAACUUGGACUAAACCAUUUUGCAGAUCAAAGAGGGGUGAGAGGAAAUUCUAAGAGACAUACCCCAUAUUUUUUUCCAGCCAAAGAGUCAAGUAUUUUGUCCAUUUGUUCUGCUUGUCUUGGUUAAAAUAUAACGCAAAUAUAAAGUAUAUUCAAUCUCAAGAUGACACCAGGGCUCCUUCUGCUGUUUGGGCUCUAGGAAGUCAGUCCCAAGAAGGGGUGAGCAAGGGAGCGCUUCAGUCUAGAAUCUUAUUUUACUGAAUAUUCAGAUUCUUAAAAACUUCACCCUUAAAGUUUUCAGGAGUCUGUACUGACCUUGACUUGGACUCUGAGCCCAUAAACAUUGAUUAAAAAUAAUGUCUGUCUAUUUCUUUGCCUUACAUUUUAAAAUAUUUAGACUUGUUGCAUUUAAAGAAAAAAUAUAAUUGAUUAUAUAAAUUUAUUACAGUUUGUUUUGAGGACAAUAAAUGUCAGGCAUGGUCUAAGUGACCAUAUUAGACAAUUAGACAAAAUAAAUUCAGAAGAGCUGAAAACUCAACCAAAAAGAAGACAAGUUUUUGUCUGUGAUUAUGUCUGUGAUUGACAGGGUAAAUUGCCUUGUGUACAUAAUGUUUAAUGCAUUUUUAGUUUAUUCAAUUUUAAAAUAUUAAAGUGUAAUUGUUUAAAAAAUUUGAAGCCAAAUAAGAGCAGAGAGACUUCACCUCCCAGGGACCCCUUUCUGGUUUAAUGCCACAAGUCCAGUGCAAACUUUUUCCCUUUUACUUCCAGAGAGAGGUUAAAUCAGUUCUUAACACUUCCCUCUGAAAUAUUUUUGGUAAAUUUCUUACUCUACCUGAGUAAAAUGACAUGCUUUUGCCACCUACAUACUAUUACAUGAACUUAUUAUGUGGAGGUAUGUAAUUCAGCAGAAUUAAUGGAAGCAGACAACUGUAACAAUCACACUUCCUAUUGAAAUUGUAUGAAAGAAAAGGAAAAUAGGAUGAAAUUAUGUUGAUACACGAGCUUGUUGGUCUGUGUCACAGUUACCCUUUUCCACCAUGUCUGCUGUCCUUGCACUGAGCUUAUUCAUACCCCCCACCUACAGAUUAUACAGCUGCACACAGAGCAACGUGAAGGUUGGCCUUUUGUGUCCUCAUACAUUUCUCUGCUUUAGUCUUUAAUGAUAUCGUUGCCAGGCUAAGUCAUCUUUUAAAGCUGACACCCCACAGGGUGGCCACCAUUUAGUCUACGGCGUGCAGGAGUGCGCGCACAUGUGUGUGCCGUUUGCACCCCAGGCAUCCCUAAAUGUAGGGAAUGACAAGCCCUGCUCAGCCUUGGAUCUCACAACCAGACUGUAAUAUGAGGCUAAAAUACCGCUCUGUGAAACAGGCGCUCGGUGCAACUUUGAAAUAAUUGAGACAAACUCAUUCAGUCUCGGCUCAUUUAAUAUAAUGAGCAAAGUGAGCUGUUCAAUUUGCAUACUGAUAAGAUGCCUCCAUCAGGAUCGGCAGCCCCCCUCUCACAGAUAUUCACUGUGGAUAUUACAUUUAAUCAGAGCAUGGAUUUAUUUCACAAACACACUCAGAGAAGUGCAAACUAAGGCUUUCAAUUAGUCCACUGUCAGGUCUUAAUCACCUCUAAGGCAAAUUGGGCAGCAGGUCAACAGUUUCCUGAGUCAUGCUGCCAAUAAAAGUUGCUAAAUACGGGCUUUAACUCAGAUCGAAAAGAAACACAGGGCACAUUUGGUGUUUGGAAAUCUGUCCCAAAAAAGAAAUCCUGCCUAUUUCAGCAGCAUUUAUAUUUCAUGUGUUGGCUUUGGGCUCUUAUGUGAUGACCUCUUUCAGCUGUCGCCCUUGUGCUUUCUCUAUUGAUCCCUGUUAUUGCUGUGGAAGUCCCCUGCUGCUUGUGUUUGCUCCCUUACAUUCUCUCCCCUCUAUUCCAGCCCAGACUCCAAUAGCACAGGCGCUCUGCUCGGCUGUUUGUAUUGCACAUGGUGGUAUAGCUCGAAACCAAAACAGCGAGAGCAGCAGUGGUGGCUGGUCGAAAUCAUAUGUUUGUGCACUGCCUCUGAGCACUACUGGAGGAACUGGACCAGGGACACAGCCCACACGGCCUGGUUCCAGAGCCCACAGGCCUGUGGAGUAAGACUCUGUGAAAGGGAGCAGAUGGUUACAUGAAUAGUGCAGCAGGUCCCGUCCACCCCCGCCCAUUGCCUUGCGUGCAGCACAUUACCUCAACAAACGCCUCUCAUAAUUGAUGUGGUGGAAUGGCCCCAUCAUCACUGGGUUUUGCAGAGUGGCAGAAUCAUGAAGGUCAUUACUGCGACACUGACAUACUUCAUGUAAUGUAAUGAAGGAAGACAGCAGAGACUUUCCAAGAGGAUUGGACUUCCUCAAACUUCUGGGAACUAGUCACUCACAUCAGAUUUGUGUCUAUGUCUGCAGCACAGGUGAGGAAAGGUGAGUUUUUUAUUGCUUAUCUGACAAAGCAUAAGCAGAGCCUCCUUAUUAGAGCCGCAUUUUGGUGCCAUAUACACAGCUCGUAUUAUUACUUUCUCUGUGAGCGACUCAGAAAGUCUCUUUACACCUAAUUCCCUCCAUGUCUAACUGGGGUUUUCAGGGGGGAUGCCCUCAGAAACACUUUAAUUAUAAAUGGCAGCCCCGGGCAACGCCAUGACGUUAAAGAUGUAUGGCUUAGUCAAGACAGAAAGUGUCAGAACCUGUUUUCUGACCAGCAGGCGUCUCAAUUUAAUUUAUUCAGUCUUGAGCUUUUCUGUAAUUACACAUUUUUAUAAUAUGAGCCGAUUUCAAGGGGCGUGUCCAGAUUUUUAGAACUGGGGUGGCCCAGAUGUCUCAAAAGGUGGCCAGGUUAUGCAUGCACACACAAAUAAAAAGUACUCACCAUCGAACUUUAGAAGAUAUGUUUAAGAGUUAUUUAGCUUUCACAUUCCUGUGAUAUUUGCUAUAAAAAUUUACAUAACAGAUCAGCAACACAUUAAUCUCAUGAAACAGUUCAGCAGUUACAACAAGGGAGCGACCUUCCAUCCAUCCAUUUUGUACGGCUAAUUCCUGUUGGGGGUAGCGGGGGGGAUGGAGCCUAUCCCAGCUUCUUCGGGCAAAGGCAGGGGACACCCUGGACAAGCUGCCAGUUCAUCACAGGGCUGACGUAGAGAGACAAACAACCAUCCACGCUCACAUUCACACUUACGGGCAAUUUUCUGAAAGUGGCCAAUUAACCUAACCCAAUUCUGCAUGUUUUUGGGAUGUGGGAGGAAACUGGAGUAUCCGGAGUAAACCCAGGCAGACACAGGGAGAACAUGCAAACUCCACACAGAAAUGCCCUGAUCUGGAUUCGAACCCAGAACCUUCUUGCUGUGAGGCAACAGUGCUAACCACUACACCACUGUGCUGCCCGCGGCAACUUUCAUUCUUCAGAAAUGAGCCCAAAGCAGUAAUGCCAGUUAAAACUGCAGUUCUUUGAGUGGCCACAAGAGGCUGGGUGCAAAAGCACUAGAAGCCACAUACACACUCAUUUAAAAAAAAAAAAAAAGACAUGUUGACAGCCAAGUUUUAAAAAACUGUUUUAGUCUGAAAAUGUUAUCUCUCCACGAGCACAUGCUGUGAAGGGUGUUGUUUUGUAUUUUUUAAGGUGCAUUAACUUUGAAAAUUACAUAUUUUGCAUAAUUACAGGUCCAGCUGAUUUGCUUCGCUAUUAAAAAGAAGACUAAAGCCUUCCCUCAACCCCAACUCCAGCAUUUCCAGACUGCUCUUACAACAUGGAUCAAAUACUUCACUUUGGACAAUAAGUCCCUCCUCUGACAAGGCAGAAAGCCAAUCAUAGUUUAGGAUUUUAGGGCGGUUGUUUGUGGUGGCCAAUCAGAGUAAGAGCAGCACCUCCCCUGACCCCCUGCAUUUUCUUCUAACACCACUCAUAUUUGAUAUAAACAUACAUAUAGAACUUGAUAAGUUGCUUUGUUUGCUCUGCUGCUAACAUGGCCACUCACCAUUAAUUACAGACAAGCUUACUUAGCUUAGCUCCUGUAAAACUGAAUGGAUUAAACUUUAUAAAACAUUAUAAUUAGUGCUUUAAAGGCAUGUAAGGGGUAAGUAGAAAUUGUUACUACCGGGAGCAGACGUGCUAAGUCGAUAUGUAUCCACUGGUUUUGCCAAGCUAAGCUAAAUGUUUGCUAGCUGUAGCUUAAAUUAACAGGAAUAUUCUGUUCCUAUCUUUGACUGCUGGUUUUAAAUCUUUUAAAAAGUGUACCUUGAAAAUGUUCAACUAUUCAUUUAAUGAACUCUGUCUCACACCUCACUUCCUCUCUGUAGGCCUAUGUAUAAUUCACCAUCCCGUGUCCCCCAGCACUUUUUAACUCCAACCCCUUUUUCACAUGCAGGUGCACGAUGUUGUGUCCACUGGUUACCCAAUUUGUUGUGACUGCUGUUCACUGUAAGAUUACACUUUGUAUGCUGUAUGCUUGUCAUUAAAAUUGAAUAAGCACACUGCCAAUGUAGUAAGGUGUUGAUAACUUGCCACUCACAAUGCAGCACUCCCAAACAAUGACCAACCUGUGGGCUGAAGACAUGUAAACCCAAGGGAGGAUGUCACAUUUCCCAGGGAUAUUCAUGAGCUUUUCUGGGUUUAAAUCUGCAUAGAGGAAAACAACAACAGGCAACAGGCCUCUCCAAGGUGAAACACAAGUGUUAUUUUAUUUAUGCCCUACUCUCCCCCUCCCUCUCCUCCCCCUCCUCUCUUCUCUCUGGGGAGCCGGGCUGCUGUGCCCCAGAAAGCUGACAUGCCCAGGCUGAAGGGAGAGCGGGAGCUCAGGGGGGAGAUGGGCAGCUCCAUGGUCACCCAGACAGAGCCAGCACCGAACACAUGCAGCAGUUCUCCUCCGCUGCACCAACACAGACUUUUUCUGGAACACUCACUUGACCUUGAGAGACAGUGAGAGGGGUUUGGUGGGCAACUACCAAGUUAGAGAGGAUUCAACUUAGUAUUUGGAGAUUAGAGGUGCAGCAAAAGCUGUUCUGAAGUUAAUAAACAAGCCAGAGAGAUUCUGCAGAAAAACACAAAAUCUCAGGGUGUUGGACAGCACUUUAGCGUCAGACGCUUUGGGGUUUCUGCAAGUACUUAAAGUGGUAUCCCCCACUGGCUGUUUAGUAAAAGCAAAAGAGCAGGUUUGCAAUCUGUCGUAAUGCAACCUAAGACCCCACAUGAAGUCAUCACCUCUAUUGGGCAUUAAUUCAUUUAUCUGAAGAGAUAUCUGUUCACAAAUGUCCUUUUCUGUCAUGUUGUAGAUGUCAAGGCCAGUUGAUGUACAUCUGUAGCCAGGGACAGGUCCAGGCCUUUGGUGGUCGUGGGCCCCCUCGACAUUUAAGUGGCCACCCUACAAACCGCAGCUAUGUCAGAGGUUUGCCUGGUCAAAUAUAGGACUUCUGUUAAAAUGAACUACUUUUUUUGCAUUUAUAUCUUGCACGUUUCCUUUAGUUAGCACUUAGUACUAAAAUACAGGGAUUUUGAAUAUCCUCUAUACAUUAGCAGUCAAAGCAGUGAGAUUCAUAGAUAAGGUAAUGUUUUAUUUGGGUGUGCAUUUAAAUACUUUGUACUACACCUGUAGUUACUUUCCCAGUAACGCGUUACUUUUUGGUGUGAGUAACCGAGUUACUGACUGAGUUACUUUUUUACAAAGUAACUAGUAACUGUAACUAGUCAUUAUUUUUCAGUUACUAGCACAACGCUGGUCAUUACAGUGUUCAAGCUUUAAAAGUUGUAUUUUAAAGUGAUAGUAUUUAACAUGUAUAUGAAGGUGUAAGUGACAGACUCUCUCCUUACCUUUUUCCGAGAGUGGUGGUUCCUCUCCCUGCUGAGCAUUGAUUGGCUAAGAGCGAGAUUGACACAUCAGCGACAGCUGCCCAGCAAACUAACCCUGUUAGGUCAAUGCACCCUGACAGCUAGCUGACACCCCAAUUUCCUGAUGAGCCGCCUGCUGUGCACUGUCUUUUAAGGAACAGCUUAAGACAUCUUCCCCAGCAGCUUCCCCGUUCCUGCUGCUUAAUUUCUCUCCAUCACUUGUCAUCUGAUUAUGCGCUGGCUGACUUUGUUGUGUCAGCAGAUGGAGAGGGGGUUAAUGACUGGGGGAUGAGAGUGCUCCAGUACAUCCCGGCUUCGCAGGACAUGUAACUUCAGAGUAUGUAAUGGAUUAAAAGAGGAGAGAUGGAGUGUGGGAGACAUGUGUGUGCAUGUGUCACUUUAAAAUGUAAUGUGCAGGCUUUUUGACCUCUUCACAUGCAAUUUUCUUUGAAUUUCUCAUAAACGUCCCCAGUGACUCAAGAGAUGUAUUUGAAACUGCUCGAAAAAGAUGUUUUCAAAAUCUACUGAGCUGACUUAAAAAGUUCAGUAGUUGUAGUAAAAAACAGUUAAUACUUAAAGAGACAGUUUUGUCUUUUCAUCUGAGAGAUACUGUCCAGGUCUUGUGUGCAAAUACCUAUUUUUAAAAGGCACUAUGAUGACCUUUUUGUCUUAAUUUUGGGGAUGACAGUGUAUAAAAAUAAAAUAGUUUGAAGAAAAAAAAAUCCUCCUUCAUGCUCACUGAUAAUUUCAUUUUACUAAGAUCACAUUUCUCUGAGAGGAAUUUGAUUUUCUCAGGUAUAAUUAUAUUUAUUGUUAUACAGUUAAUAAACUUUACUUAGUGUUGUUUCCUCCAGUCAAAGUUCUCAGCCUAAAGUCCUGUACUGACUGACAUAAAUCACAAAUAUGUGGCUGGUCUGUUUACCUAAUAUCCCUCCUCAUUGAUAAUAGUCAUACCCGUCUACCUCAGGAAACGUCUGUACCUCCUGUUUUGGUUUGGAACUUACCAGAUGCUAUUAGCUUGACACAUACUAAGCAUGGGCAUCUUCUGGAGGAAUAAAUCCUUAGCUACUCUAUUUCUUCUGAUUUAAAGAUGUACUUUUGGGCUUUUUGCCUUAAUUUGGAGAGGACAGGACAGAGCAUAGUGAACAGGGAGAAGGAUCGGGGACAUAUGGGAAGAGGCCACGGGCUGGGAUCAAACUGCUUGGGGCGUAAUUUCCAUACUUGGGGCGCGCUCCAUUUCACAUAAUUUCUUUAUUUUUAUCCCUUUAAUGAUAUUUACAUACAUAUUUUUUAUUUAGUUAUUAACUUCUUUUUAAUUGGAUGCUUUUAAUUUACUGUGUAUGUGUAUUUAGAUGUGUUUUGAACUACUGAAACCAAUUA